CCAGCCUUAUGAAUUUACCACCUCUUCUGUUGCUACUACAAUAGCCUCCAACCGUAUGAAUUUACCACGUAGAUGUAUUUCUAACCCACAAUGUCUCUUUUCCCUCUGUCGACAGAGAUAUGUUUUGGGUGACACAGCCAUGAAAAGGAUGGCACAAGCAUCUGUAUUGCUGUAUGGUGUUGGAGGUCUGGGAAUUGAAAUUGCUAAAAACAUAGUUCUCGCUGGAAUCAAAUCUCUUACAAUUCAUGAUGAUAAAGUUGCUACAGUAACUGACUUAGGAACUCAGUUCUUCCUGGAUGAAAACGAUGUAAACUCUGGUUUAAAUCGAGCUGAGGCUUGUUGUAAGAGAAUUGCUGAAUUAAACCCGUACGUCACAGUAAACACCACCUCAAUUUCUCUUCAGGAUUCCACUGAUCUCACAUAUUUAAAAGAUUAUCAGUGUGUUAUAUUAACUGAAACAUCAUUAAACCUUCAACGUAAAGUGAAUAAUUUCUGUCAUCAACAGAAUCCUCCAAUUAAGUUUAUAUCAGGGGAUGUAUUUGGUGUCUUUGCUGGAUGUUUCUGUGAUUUUGGAGAUGAAUUUGACAUUUUUGAUGCUAAUGGAGAAGAGCCAAAGGAAGUAUUUAUUGGUAAUAUAACCAAGGCGAACCCAGGUGUUGUGAGUUGUUUAGAAAACACUCGACAUUAUCUUCAGACUGCAGACAAGGUCACUUUCAAAGAAAUUAAAGGUAUGACAGCUCUCAAUGGAAAAGUUUGCACAGUUUCUGUGUUAAAUCCUUUCACAUUCACAAUUUGUGACACAAGCAGAGAGGAAUUCAAUGAAUAUGACCAUGGAGGAAUUUGUGUGCAGUUGAAGGUUUCAGAGAAAGGACACCAUGAAUGUCUUGAAACCCAGCUGACCAAGCCUAAUUUGUUAACUCCUGAUCUAAGUCGAAUAAAUGCCCCUUUUACCAUUCAUUGUGCAUUUCUUGCUCUGCAAUCAUUUUACCAGAUGAAAGGAAGACUUCCCAACACCAGCACCUCUACCAUUGCUGGAGGAAAUAGUUGGCAGUCUUUUAGAGUUAUUUUUUCAGUUGUCCUGCUGGGUUGUAUUAGUGUUUCUGUGUCUUCAGCUGCUGACAGGUCAAAGCAGCGAAGAACAGGUCCAGCCACUCCUAUUAUUCAUUAUUAUUAUUAUUAUUAUUAUUAUUAUUAUUAUUUCUUUAUUUAUUAUUUAUUUAUUUUUAUGUUGGUUGUUCUUUCACAGUUUUAUUUAGAUGUGACAGAUGUAAUGUUAAAUGAUGCCCCUGAUAGCAGCUUCCAUCCAAAGAAUGACCGUUAUGAUUUGUUAAGACUGUGUAUUGGAGACAACACCUUAUAUAAACUUAGGAACAUCCAUUUGUUUAUGGUUGGAUGUGGAGCCAUUGGGUGUGAAAUGUUGAAAAACUUUGCUUUGCUUGGUUUAGCGACUCAAGGAGAUGGUUUGAUUACUAUCACAGAUAAUGAUUUGAUUGAAAAAUCAAACUUAAAUCGACAGUUUCUGUUCCGACCUCAACAUAUUAGACACCCUAAGAGUACAACAGCAGCCAAUUCUGUCUUACAGAUAAACCCUGCUCUCAAAAUUGAUGCACAUCAAAAUAAAGUGUGUCCCCAAACAGAACACACAAUCUAUACUGAUACUUUCUUCGAAAACCAACAUAUUCUAAUUAAUGCAUUAGACAAUGUUGAAGCACGGCGCUAUAUGGACAGUCGUUGUGUCACCAACCAGCGUGCUCUUCUUGAAUCUGGUACAAUGGGGACUAAAGGACAUGUACAAGUUAUUGUUCCCCACCUCACUGAGUCCUACAGUAACCAGAAUGAUCCCCUGGAUGAAGAAAUACCUUAUUGUACCUUGAAGUCAUUCCCAGCAAAUAUAGAACAUUGUAUACAAUGGGCCAGAGACAAAUUUGAAAGUUCCUUCAGUCAAAAAGCAAAUCUGGUUAACAAAUUUUGGUCCAAGAAUGAAAGUACUCAAUCAGUAGCCGAGAAACUGAUGAGACAUGACCAAGUUGAAGGUGCAUAUAUAGUGUCUCGAGUGUUACGCAAUGCACCACAGAACUGGCAGAAGUGUGUCUCUAUUGCUAGGUGCAAGUUUGAGAAAUAUUUCAACCAUAAGGCCAAACAAUUACUUCAUUCCUUUCCUUUGGACACCAAACUAGCAAAUGGAGAACUGUUCUGGCAAUCUCCUAAACGACCUCCACAACCUUUGAUAUUUGAUAGCAAUAAUCUUGUACACAUGAUGUUCAUCCAAAGCACCAGCAGGUUGUAUGCAGACCUUAAUGGAAUUCCAUGGAAAGAUGAGGACCUAUCAACAGAAUCUUUACUGAGACACCUUGAAAAUAUUGAAGUUCCAGAAUUUAAAGUGUCCCAUAAACAAAUUGAAACUGAUGAAGCAGUAAAGAAAGUGGAUGCCAACGAGCUGCACUCUACUGAUGAACAACAUUUAGCAACUGAGUACAUGACUCAAAUAACCUCCAACAAAACUUUAACUGUGAUAGAGUUUGAAAAAGAUGAUGACACCAACAGCCACAUUGAUUUCAUCACCACAGCUGCAAAUCUACGAGCAACCAUGUACAACAUAGAGAAUGCUGACCGUUUGAAGGUGAAACGUAUCGCAGGUCGUAUAGUUCCUGCCAUUGCUACAACUACAGCAACUGUAUCGGGACUGGCAGCAGUGGAACUUCUUAAAGUAAUUAAUAAGCAUCCUCUGGAGAAAUACCGCAACUGUUUCCUCAACCUUGCUCUUCCAAUGAUGCUUCUGUCAGAACCAGGAGCAGCAGAAACUCUGAAGAUCAACGAUGAAUUAUCACUGACUGUUUGGGAUCGAUGGGAAAUUGAAGGCAACAAGGAUUUCACCUUGGAAAUGUUUCUAAAUCAUUUUAAAGAAAAGACAGGCUACAAUGCCUCCAUGAUUGUACAUGGGGCUAAAAUGAUUUAUGUUCCUAUCCUGCCUGGCCAUAAGAAAAGAUUAACCCAAAGCAUGAUAAAACUAAUCAAACCAUUAGCACAGCAAACGUAUGUCGACCUAAUUGUGUCUCUGGAAUCAGAGGAAGAUGAAGACAUUCCUGGACCACCUCUACGCUACUAUUUUGGAUUAUGAUAAUUAACCUAAAUUUUAAAGAAUUCAAAGUUAUAAUUGUUGACAAAUUCUGUAGAUGUCAAAUAAAUACUGAAUCAAA